UAGCAACUCUACCGGAGGCAUGGCAGGAGUCUAAUCGUGGGCCCCUUGAUCUUGACUUCAGUCAGCUCCCUUGCCUAGGUCUGGUUUGCCGCUGCCCAGGGCCGAGGCCGAGCGUAUGACCUGUCUUCGAAAACAUCUGGACGGAAGGCCGGUCGGGGGCGGUCCGAGGACGACUGGCCUUGCCGGGGCCGAGUGCAGAAUACCGCCAAGGUGGUCUUCGCCGGUCCUUUGCCUUGGUCCCGCCAAGUGGGCUUUGGCGAAGUUGGGCUGGGCCGUCUUCCUGUUUGGCUGGAUACCCCCAUUCCCGGGUAUCCAUCAGACGUCGGUCACCACCACCAGCGUCUUCUUCUUCCUUGGAGUGCACGGACAGAGCCGGCGAAGAGGAACGGCAGAGGGCAGCGUCCCCUUUGCUUCAAAAUUCGUUUUUUUCGAUUAAUUGAGGGAUACUACAGCUUGUCCAGGUAGACACUGAGGGAAGAUUUUUGAAGGAGUUGAAUGGAAGAUAAAUUCCAUGACAUAUGCUAGAUUAUAUAUAUUCUUCAAUUAAAGAAGAUGUGAACCU